AUGGCUAUUGCCGAAUGCUCAAAAACGGCAAUGUCAACAAAUACUGAUUCAUCUGCUUUAUCAACAAGACAUGCGGAAAUAAAUAGUAGCACUCCUCAACUUCAUCAACAAGCUAGCGAUGAUGAAGAAAAAUGCCUUUUAACGCCAACUUCCUUGGCAGGAGAAUGUUGUGCUUCUUUCUCUCAGAGUGAUACAGAUUUACUUCAAAGGCAAACAGAAACAAUUGAAAGAGAAAGAAAUCAAAAUUCAAAUAAAAAUAAUUAUUUGGAAGUUUCUUCCCCACCAGAUAUUGAAAACGAAUAUUCUUCCCCUUCCCCUCAACAACAAUAUUUUCUUUCAACUGCUUUAAUUUAUUCUGAACCAGCUUUACCUAGCGCGCAUUUAAAUGAUGUUACUGGGCAACAAACAAAUAUGUCUAAUUAUCAUUGGGCAUAUUCUGAUUUAACUCUUUCUCAGAGUUGUGCCACAGAUACAAUCGAUGCAUCUAUUAUUUCAAGUCAACAACAACCCCAAGAUAAUUCUAAUUUGAAUAGCGCCCGUAGUGAUAAAGCUUCUAGAGCCAAUACCCCAAAAUCUUCUUCCUGCCUUUUUUCCUCAGAAAGUCAGCCAUCCAUAAGUACAUCAAUUAGUUAUUUACCACACAAACAAUCAUUUUCAAUUGGAGAAAUACGGGAUACACAUUUACAAAUACAAAAACGUUAUAGACCCUCAAAGAAAAGACAUUAUACAGAUCCUGUUGAUUUUGAAGGUAUUCUAAAUAUAAUUGGAGGUUGUUCUUGGUGGCAAAUAUGGGUUUAUCUUCUAAUUAGUUUACAACAAAUUCCUCAUGCCAUGUUUAAUUUAUCUGUAGUUUAUAUGAUGUAUCAGCCAGAUCAUUGGUGUAAAGUGCCAGGUGUUAAUUCCUCCUUUCCCCCACCCCACCCCUCGUCAACUCAAUUUUCUUCUAAGUCGCCUUACCACUCUACAACUACCUCCCCUCCAAAAACAACAACACAAAGUCCUUAUCUUUGGGAUUUAUCAGAUGCAUUACAGGGAUCUGUAGUUUAUCCAAGAACGAGAAAUAAACAACGAGACACGCUUAACUUCCAUUCGCAGUGCCAUUUUUAUGAUAGGGGAGAAGAAAGAUAUGACCAACUCAGACGAGUGCCUUUGGAUGAAGCCCAAAAAAUUGUUAACGAAAGUGGGGAAAGUCCGGAUAUAGUAAAAUGCCAGGAAUGGUAUUAUGAUCAAGAUGUUUUACGUUCAACAAUUGUAACAGAAUGGAAUUUAGUUUGUGAUGAUAAUUUUAAAAGAGCACACGCUCAUUUAUUUUAUUCUUUUGGAUUCUUAUUUGGUUGUUUAUUGGGAGGUUUUGCUUCGGAUAGAUUUGGAAGAAAACCAACAGUUAUUGGUUUUGGUAUUCUUUCUUCUUUAUUUGGCCUUUUACUUCCUUAUUCAACAUAUUUUCCGAUGUUUUUAUUUAUUCGAUUUUCUGCUGAUUUGGCUGCAUAUGUUCUUUGUAUGGAAAUUACUGGAACUAGAUAUCGUGCAAUGGUUGGAAGUCUUUUACAGGCUCCCUGGGCUGUUGGUUAUGCUACAUUGGCUUUGAUUGCUUAUUUUUGUAAAAGUUGGCAAAAUAUACAAUUAAUUACUGCGGCACUUCACACAAUUAGUAUUUGUUUAAUUUGUGUUUUACCAGAAAGUCCUCGUUGGUUAAUUGUGAAUAAUCGAGUUGAUGAAGCAGAAAAUUACAUUCGACGAGCUUGUAGAAAACCUCCAUUUCCUUUCAAUCUCUUUGAUUUUAAUAAAAGUUCAUUACCUUCUGAUUUAGAAUUGGUAAAACAUGCAGAACAACGUAAAUGGGUACGUCGUGAUCAACGUGCAAAUAUUCUUCAUUUACUUAAAUCAAGAGCUCUCUGUAUGAGAACUGGGGUUAUUUGUAUUGUUUGGAUUGCUACUGCCCUUGUAUAUUAUGGAUUAAUUAUUGCUCUAUCUGACCAAUCUGCCCCCGGUCGUGUUCUCUUUUCUGGCAAUUUCUUUUUAAACAAUGCAAUUGCUGGUGCUAUUGAAUUGCCAACACUAAUAUUUUGUGUUUAUUUAAUGAAAUUUGGAAGGAAACGUUCACAAAUAUUUACACUUGUUGGGGCUGCUCUUUUUAUUAUUUUAGCAAUGUGUGCAAUGAAUUUUGGAAGUCCAAUGCUCUCUUUAGGAUUAAUGCUUGGAGGAAAGAUUUUUAUUCAAGGCGGAUUUAAUAUUCUUUAUAUAUUUACAUCUGAAUUAUAUCCAACAGUUAUUAGAAAUAGUGCAGUCGGUUUCUGCUCUAUGAUUGCCCGUUUUGGUUCUGGCGUUUCCUCUUAUAUUGCAAUUCUUUCGGACGUUACACUCGCUUUUGUGCCUAUGAUUAUAUUUGCAACAUUUUCUUUAUUUGCUGGAACAUUAGUAAUGCUUUUACCAGAAACUCGAGAUCAACCUUUGCCUGAUACUUUACAAGAUGCUGUGACAAUUCUUAAAGACGAUUCUCGUCCUUAUCAAUGUCGGGGUUUUGGCUCUAUUUUUCUUGGAACUGAUAAAUAUAGUAUUUCGAUUACUGAAUUAGUUCAACAUCAAAAUGAGGAGGAAGAAGAAGAAGAAAUAGAAGAACAACAAACAGAACGUGAUGAAAGUAGUGAAUGUGAGGAUAGAAAUUGUGGGGGUACUUCAGAAGUUGAUGAAUUAACAAAUAAUAAUGAGGAUAAUGAUGGUGAAAAUACUAAUAUUUCCCCUAAAAAUGACAACAAAACUUCAAAUAAACGUUUAACAGAAAAUGGAAUGUCUACCAAUAAUGAACCUUUGCCAAGUAUUCCAGAAGAAGAUCAUCACCAAAUAUUACAACAAAAACCAUCGUCUUCAUCUAAAAAUUUUACUGAAAAUGAAGAAAUUCCUUUAAUUUGUUUAAGAAAUCGGAAAGAUAAAAAUGAAGAAAAAAUAAAAAAAGAAAAUAAAUUAAAUUCUUCUUCAAAUAAUUUAUGUGAAAAUGAAAUUAGUAUAUCCCCAUUAACUUCUCAUAGUGAAUUUUCUCUUUUAAUUAAGGAUGAACGAUUGGAAAGUACUAAUACAAUAAUUCCAUCAACAACAUUAAUUACUGCCUCAUCGGUUGGGCAACUUUCUCCUUCAGGAGUAAAUAUAGCACAACAAGCAUUGGCUAUUUAA